AUGGCCGCCGGUCGACCAAACAUGGACAACGGUCUCCCACAACCUGAAGACCUGGAGCGCCUAUCUGCUGCUCCAGACGAUGCCGUUACAGACGGUGGUGUUACCGACGAUGAAGCCGCAGACGACGACUCUGCAGAUGAUGGUGCUACCAAUGAUGCCACCACCAACGAUGCCAUAACCAACGAUGCCAUCACCAACGAUGCCGCCACCAACGAUGCAGCUACAACAGACACGAGACCAGAAGUGAAUACGGGGCUACCGAGACCCCAAGACUUUGUGCGCCUGCCCGGCGUCACCGACGAUGCGCUCAAAGAGGACCUUCUGGGCAUCGGCUUCGGCGAAGAGAAGACCAACCAGAUGAUCAAGCAGCCGCAGCCUUUCUCCGACCCGUGGAAGGAUGUACUCUUUAGUAAGGAAGGGGUCUUUCAGGAAGCACGCUUGAAGAGGGAGGGUGCUGAGCGCGCGCGAAAGAAGCGCAAAAGAGACGACGCUUAUGAGCCGUUGUUCUUGAAGGAGGGAUCUGACUGGGCUCUCUACGACCCUGGAUAUUACAGCUACCCAUCAUCGCCCGGCUGGAAGGCACCACGCAUGUUCAGAGAUUUCGAAUCCUACAAGCCCGGCAACAAGCGCGUCGUUGAGAUCAAUGUGCAGUCGUCCAACGUGCGCAUCAGAUCGACCCCGACCAUGCUCCUCGACAGGCGCAUCGACUACCAGAUCAACGGCCCAAGGUUGGUGGGCGAUGAGGUUGAGGAACGUGCGACGAAGAGGACCGUAGGCAAUUUGAAGCAGCCCGCAAAGCGCAAACCGGGUCGUCCACCCAAACCGACGACGACUGCGUUAGGGCGUGUCUCCAAGCCGGCUAAGAAGACCACCGGAGCCUCCAACUUCACCUUGGUUGAGAAAGACGUAGGGAAGAGGAGCAGUCGUUCAGCUACGGCAGCGGCGGCGGCGUCGACGACGACAGAAGUGCGCCAAACGAGGAGCAGUCGAUCAGUAGAGGCGUCGGUGACGGCCACAACAGAAGCACCCGAAUUGACAAACGGUCGGUCUGCUACGGCGGCGGCGACGACCACGACAGAAGCGCCCCAGACGAGGAGCAGUCGGUCAGCUACUGACGCGGCAGCGACGACGGCAGAAGCGCCUCAAGUAAGGAAGACGGUUGUCAAGGAGGAGUCGGAAAAAGAAGACAGCGAGAGUGACCUGACGGACAUUGAGUGA